GUAUUUGGGAUACGAAUAAUCACGGUUGAAGGUCUCGAUUACACUAUGUGCUUAUUGCAAUACUAGCUCGAAACUCAGUCUAGCGUAAAGUCAAAGUCCAUCCAUGAACAUCGCAAGGCUGAGGAUUUUCCAGUUGCUAUCACAUCCUUCACAUAUUGACCAUUUCUCUUAUUUCACUACGAUUCUCUCCUACUUCACAUAUAUCUACCACCGUAUCGCUAAUUUGAACAACAAAGCGUAAAUUACCCGAACCGUCUUGACUCACCACCUAUGUCUUUCAGUGAAUCCAAACUGAAACCCAAACAUAAUUGUUAGCUAUCUGGUCCAACAAUUUUGGUGGAAACAGUUAGUUUCCCUCGUCUGGCCCACCUCCACUCUUCUUACUCUACCAGCAAUAUGCAGUACAAAGAAAUGUCGGCUGGGAACAGCUUGUAUUUCAGUUUAAGAACCUAACGUCCGCAUAUCUUUUGUUUCCCUAAACAAACUAAACAACAAAUCAUCAACUCCAUUCUCCUGUUUGGUCACUCCAGAAAACUUCAACUAGACAAAAAACUUAAGCAGCAGUUAGAGCACUGGGAUCGGUAUAUGAACUGUCAGAAUAUGUGCUAAAUAUAAUUCUGGCUAAUAAUCUCUCAACAAGUUAAUACAAAAGUCAACUGAGCCAAAAGUUUGCAUAGAUGUAUGUAUACAAGAUGGACCAAUAAUUUAAUGUUUCUACCAAAUCCUUCAUCAAUUGGACUACACUGGUGGUUGAGAUACAUAAUCCAACUUCAGUUCAUGGGUAACUUUCACUUAGUACAUAUCAUUAUUUGGUCUACAAUUACUUUAUCCCAGUAGUGACACCUGACAAUCAACGCGUACUGAUACCACUAGAUUGUUGUCUUGCAUGCGUUUAUCAUUGUUGGAUUGGAUGUGAUAAUAUAUUUUCUUAUAUCGAUCCCAUGACCACAAACAUGUGUGAAGGUGAUCUAAUGGCAUCGGCAAAUGCUGGAACCCUACCCGCAUCAACAUAGUAGAGAGAUUGAAAAUCACUUAAACUCAAACCAAUUUUGAUACUGCGAGAACACGCUUACAGCAUCCUACAUCCGUCCGAUUGGGGGUGAUGCUUUUCAUUCGAAAGCUGCGGAUCAUCCACCUCGAUCCAACGAACACAAAACGCUAUGAGCAAGUUCUCACAUAGGUCCAAUGAGCACCAUAACCGGGGUUGAUACUCUAACAACCCAGGCUAGACAAAAUUACAACAGAAGAAUCAACAACCAAAUCCCUUCCGAUCCCAUAUCAUAUUCACCAAUCCAAUUUUAGCUAAUUCCACCAGACAGUACAAUCUCCCCCACUCUCGUCAUUUUCCCCUCCACAAACAAAAUGAAAUGAAAAUGCAGCUGAAAUUCAUGCAUUUGAACUCACUGAUGUAAAGCUUACAUCUGAAAAACAGAUACACGUAGAGUAAAGAGGGGAAAGAUAAAAAGAGUGGUCACGAACGACAAGCCAGAGCUAAUAAAUGGCCGUGGCAGUGUGGAAGGUAAAGCCAGCCGAUAAUGCGGGUUCGAUGCAAAAGAAAGAUACAGAUACUGAUAAAUUUGGGUAGUUGGGAGCAGAUACUGGUGAAAGUUAUGACAUGGGCUAGCCCUGCUUUUCUGCUUUGCUCUCUCACAAAAAAAAUGUUCAUUCAUUAUCUUCUCAAACAGUCUAUAUAUCAGCUACUUCUUCGUGGAAAGAGGAGAGUGAAGAAGGAAACCAGAGAAAAGGGCAGAAGAAAUGGCUGGAAAUGGGAUUGGUGGUGAUGAAGAAACUGGCUAUGGCGGGAACAGAGUCCAGCCUCUUGCCUCUACACCAAAGCAGGAGGAUGGAGGACUCCAUGGCAGGAAGAAGCCCAAAUCCUCUGGAUUCAGGGGAGUGUUAGCCUUGGAUGAACUUGUUUCUCUUAAGGUAUGGCGAGCCUCGGUGGCGGAGCUUAUCGGCACGGCGGUGCUCGUCUUCGCAAUGGACACCAUCGUCAUUUCAUCCUACCACACCAAGACCGAGACGCCAAACCUGGUAAUGUCGGUCGUCAUCGGCGUCACCGUCACAAUUCUCCUCCUCGCCACCUUCCCGAUCUCCGGCGGCCACCUGAACCCGGUCAUCACCGUCGCCGCCAUGUUCACGGGCCUGGUUUCCGUUUCCCGGUCCGCCAUCUACAUCGCGGCCCAAUGCGCGGGGGCCAUACUGGGCGCCCUGGCCCUGAAAGCCGUGGUGGGCCGCACCAUCGAGGACACGUUUUCGCUCGGCGGCUGCACGCUGAACGUCGUCGCUCCGGGCCCAAGCGGGCCCGUUGUGGUUGGGCUCGAGACGGCGCAGGCCUUGUGGCUGGAGAUCAUCUGCACCUUCAUAUUUCUGUACGCGUCCAUAUGGAUGGCGUUCGACGGGCGCCAGGCCAGGGCUCUGGGCCGGGUCGUCGUGUUCUCGAUCAUUGGACUUGUGGUGGGCCUCGUUGUUUUCAUUUCGACGGCGGUGACGGCGACGAAGGGCUAUGCUGGGGUUGGGAUGAACCCGGCGAGGUGUUUGGGCCCAGCUGUUGUGAGGGGAGGCCAUCUGUGGGAAGGGCAUUGGAUCUUUUGGGCCGGGCCGGGUAUUGCGUGUUUGGCCUUUUCUAUUUACACGAGAAUCAUUCCCAAAGAAAAUCUUUAUGGGUAGAGAGAAGAAGCCUUGAAGAUUUUAUCAAAAAACAACAAUGACUUUUCAUUAGAGAGGGCACAAGACCUUUGGUUUUGGUUCCAUGUUAUUUCUCUUCUGCUAUGCGACCUUUGUGUUAUAAACUGUAUAAGUAUGUAUUAUGAAUAAGUUUGUAACAUAACUCUCAUUGUUCUUGAUGUCUUUCAAGUGUUUAAAUUUGAUGAUGAUUGUGUAAUAGAUGUGAAAUGGCUCUACUUCUUGCUGACUAAAAAUUCUAAUACUUCGCUCUUAGCAGUCGACUUAGCAAUGGUAUAUGAGAUUGAUAGAUUUGUGGUGUCAGUUUUCAGUAUUGUUGGCAAAUCGUCAUUGGAAAAACUCGUGAAAAUAUUAAGUUUGGCUCGAUAGGUCUACAGGACGAACAUUGUCUCUGAAUUCAAAGACAUCAGAAGAUAUUUUGAUGGAUACUAAUGAAAUGCCCGAAGCGUAAACACAAGUUUUGUGCUUGGACAAGAAAGAUAUUAUAGGAGUGUCCAGGGCUGAGUCCCGGGAUUUGACGACGGACUUAAAAGCCACCUACAGACGCAUUACACCCAAUCUUCCGGAUAACGCUUGCAUCCUCUGUAUUAUCGCGACUGGCCGACUGCUGACAUAGAGUUAGCCGAUGCUUAUUCUCAGAUACCGUCAUUGUUUCUUGAAGUCAAGGAUGGGAGCCCCAAUUGCACGGAUGUGCUGACUCCUACCCAACGUAAUUGAGACUCUGUUCAUAUGUGCUUCUUAUAAUUGAAGUCAUUCAAAAGAACAAAUUGUCGUUAUACAGUGUCAAAAUGGUUGAAAUAAAAAGUCGUCUAUCCCAAUAGCAAUUGAUUUAAUUAUAGAGACCUAGCAUGCAUAUCUAAACAUAUUUGGCCCAUCUAUAAUAAAGAAAUGAUAUGAGAGCUAUUAUUCUACGUAUGCAAACAAUUCUAGAUAUUUGAGCGUUAUGCUCUGUGUAGAAAAUAGAUGGAAGAAUCACAUAUCCGAAAUUAUUGCACAAGCAAAGUUGACUGAAACUGAUCCUCCGCUGCAAUCAAUAUAUAUAUAUCACAGACGAAAACAAAAACCUCGAGUGAUGGGCAUUUGAAGAGAUAAUGUCUCUAUACACGUAGAAAAAUUUAUAUCCACCCACCAGAAGCCUUGAAAGAUGAUAGAUCUAAGUCAAAUCUUCAGAUUAUGUAUGAUUGAUCAACAGAUAAGUGAUGAUUGAACAAGUAAAUUCACUAGUCAUCGCAGUAUAUCGGAUUAAAACACGAAACUUAUUCUAGGAAGUCUUAACGUAUCAAUAAUUUGAUUACAAUUGUUUUGAGACGGAUGAGCUCAAUAUACUUCUCAGAGAGUAAAAGUAAAUUAUUUUUGUUGGGUGGUCUGCAUGGUUGAUACUUGUAUUGAUCUGGACUAGUGGUUCCAUAUAUGUGCAUCAUAUAUACAUGAGCCAAUGAGAUAAGUCAAGCUGUGAAAUAUUAUUUUUUUUAUUAUGAAGUUAAUGGGAAAAAAAUUCUCGAAAUCAUACUAGUGAUCAAUUUAUCAAUAUCUGUUUGAUUGUAUACAAUAAAAAAAAAAAUUCGAGUUGCAGAAUAAUCGGUAAUGUAUUUUACAAUCCUUUCAAAUUUCCAUAAUCCCAUACUGUUUUAAAUAAUUGGGUUCUGAUUUCGAUUUUUAUAUUUUUUUUUAAUUUAUCAAUUAUUGUUAUUUAGUUUUCAUCAAUCUACACACCUCUCCACAAAUUAUGAAUCGUUCAGCAAUGGAUAAAAAGGUCAGCAACGUAAUAAUUCUUCCGGAUAAUACGGAUGAGAUGAUUGUAUGCAUACAUGUAGACUGGAGAUGUGAAGGAACGGAUUUUUAAGGCGAAAAAACCAAGAGAAAAUGGUAGAAGGUGGAGCCUUCUCUUCUUUGUUCGUGGGUCGAUGUCAUGUGGAAAGCGAGGAGCAAUAUUAAACUCUCCAUAUAUUCAAUGGGAAUAAAAUCUAUUAAACUAA